UGGGAGCGCCGCUGGCUGGCUCAGGCUGCGCGAGGGCGCUGUACCGGCGGCCGCUGUCAUGUCCCUGCUGCUGCCGCUGCUGCUGCGUGGGGCUGGGGGCGCCCGGGGCGCGUUGCGCCCAUGCUGCCGCGCCGCCUCCCGCCGGGGGCUCAGCUCCUCUUCCGGCGGCUGGGCUGGGGUCCGGCCGGGGCGGCGCUCGCUGCUGGCCGGGCUGGCGGGGGCCGCGGCGGCGCUGGCCGGGCUCGGGCUGGUGCGGCGGGCGGAGAUGGUGUCGCGGGAGGCGGCGGCGGAGGAGGAGGACGAGCUGUCCCGGCGCUGCGGGGAUUUCAUGGCCCCGCCGGUGAGCGGGCUGCGGGAGCUGCGGAGCCGGCGCCAGGACAUGCGGAGCCGCAUGGAGAUGCUGAUCAUGGAGACCCAGAGCCAGGUGUGCCGCGCCCUGGCCCAGGUGGAUCGCGGCGCCGCCUUCACCGUGGACCGGUGGGAGAGGAAAGAAGGUGGUGGUGGUAUCAGUUGUGUGCUCCAGGAUGGCAACGUCUUUGAGAAGGCAGGCGUCAAUGUUUCUGUAGUUUUUGGGCAUCUUUCCGAGGAAGCAGCCCAACAGAUGAAAAGCAGAGGGAAAACUCUGAAGACCAAAAAUGGUAAAUUGCCUUUUUGUGCCAUGGGUGUAAGCUCCGUUAUCCAUCCAAAGAAUCCCCAUGUUCCAACUAUACACUUCAACUACAGAUACUUUGAAAUUGAGAACGCUGAUGGGACUAAGCAGUGGUGGUUUGGUGGUGGAACAGACCUGACUCCAACUUACUUGAAUGAAGAGGAUGCUGUUCAUUUUCACAAAACUCUGAAGGAAGCUUGUGAUCAGCAUAAUCCAGAACUGUACCCCAAAUAUAAGAAGUGGUGUGAUGAUUACUUUUACAUCAAGCACCGUGGAGAGCGAAGAGGGAUUGGGGGCAUAUUCUUCGAUGAUCUGGACUCUCCCUCAAAAGAAGAAGUAUUUCAGUUUGUGCAGAGUUGUGCCAAAGCCAUUGUGCCUUGCUACGUUCCCAUUGUGAAGAAACACGCCCAUGACUCUUUCACACCAGAGGAAAAAUUAUGGCAACAGCUUCGUAGAGGGAGGUAUGUGGAGUUCAAUCUUGUUUAUGACAGAGGUACAAAGUUUGGCCUUGCAACGCCAGGAUCCAGGAUUGAAAGCAUUCUUAUGUCUCUGCCACUGACUGCCAGGUGGCAAUACAUGCACACGCCGCCAGAGAAGUCCAGAGAAGCUGAAAUCCUGGAAGUCCUGCGCAAUCCCAAAGACUGGGUGCACUGAUGAAUAGUGUGAGGGAGAUGCUCAACUAUAAGCAAACAACAUGAACUCUUACCAACUGGCUCACUCAAACUGCCAUUGCCUGGCAGUUUAGUGUCUGGAUUUAUAUUCUUAUCACGUGCCUUAAAAAUGUUGUAAACUUGUCAUCCUUUGCAUGUUGGUACAGUGUUUCACUGGCAGACACACUUUUCUCUGUCUGUUGCCUUGUGGCGGGUACGUGAGCUAUUAGUAGGACCAACUGAUGUGUUCAGUAACUGUUUCAAUUUGUCUAAACACACAAUGGUAUAAAAUACUGUGAAAUGUUCCCCUAAAGAAUUAGUGUUUUCCAAGCUAAAGGUGACUUGUGCCCUAAAUUACACUGCUUGCUGUUAGGAAAUUCACAGGAAAUUUUAACAUUUUAAAAAUAAUGUUCUUAUUUGUUUCAUAGUUAAAUGAGUAUCUCUGUUCUGGUGCGUAUUAAACCUCUUUUUAAAUUCAGUUUCAAAUACUUUAUAUCACAGUUAUUUUUCACUAAGGGACAGAUUUUUAAAGGUAUUUUGGUGCCUGACUCCCAUUGACGUCAGUGGGAGUUAGGCACCAAAUUGGAUUGGGUGCCCAAAUACUUUUUUUAAAUCUGGCCCUGCAUUCCUAAAAAUGUAGUUCCAUGGAGUGGUGGUUGCUUUAAAAAACAAGUUGAAAAUCCACUGAAAGCAGGUAGGAAACAUUUGACUCUGGGCCAACUAAGGAAAAUUAGCUCCCUUGCCAUUUUUCAGACCUACCAAGCAGAGCUAUGUUAAAGACAGACUGCACAAACAAAAUAGUGAAGCUAUACAUUUUAAUGAAGGUGUUUUUACUUUUAAUCAUAUCCCAACCAUCAAGACUGCAGUAAAAAAUGUUUUAUCAAUGUGCUUUGUAGAUCAAAAAUCCUCUUAAGAUGUAUUAAAAUUCACUAAAACAGAGCAAAAAGUAUGUUUAAACAAAGUGCUGACCCAAAAGAGGAGGAAAUCCAUCUAUAUACUAGUUUUUACACUAGGUUUUAUUUACAUGAAUGUACUUCUGAGCUAAAGCAUCCUUCACUAACUGCUUACUCUGAGGCCUUUAGGGGAUGGUGGCAAAGAUUGUAGAGAACACUUACUAUAGGAGGGAAGUUAUGACAUGCUGCACUGUACACUCUCACAGAAGAACAUCCAACAUUGUUAAAUGUGGGUGUCUAAAGUUAAGCACUGAAAUCCAGGAUGCAUUCAACCCCCCUUGAUUAUGUGGAAUAGUCCCUUACUCCUUAAAUAACUGUUCAUGUCAGAGGGACUACUUGAGGAGUAAGGCACUACUCAGUAUGAACAAGUGACAGAAUCUCACCCCUUCCAUGUCCGGGUAUCUGAGGCGGCCUGAUCUAAACAAAGCUGCACCAGUUUAGUUAAAGGUCUGAUCUUAAACCAACUUAGUUAAACUGGUGUAGCUUUGUGUGGCACUAUUAUAUUUACUUCAACCUGGCUAAUAGUAGCUUAGUUUGCACUGACAAAUUUAAACCGGGUAUAAACAGGUAUGAAUGUCCACAUAGAGACUUGCACUAGUUCACCUGGUUUACUAAUUCAAUUAAAGUUUAACCAAUGGCCAAACCCCAAGUGCUCAAGUUCAAAGGUGCUCAGAAUCUUUGAAUAUCAGGCUUUUUUUUUUUAGGUGUUUAUAGAAACCCAAAUCUGAAAAAUGUGCACUGUUUGUUUUAGCAAGAUGGUAUUUACAGCUUUCUUCUGUUUGCUAUUUGAUUUGUCAUUUGACACUACUGUGAAACUGAAUAAAGUGGCUAGCGCUGCAAA